GCAGCCAUGGGUGCCCGGUGGUGCUGAGAGCAGUGGGGCAUGGCUGCAGUCCUGCAGGUUCUGCCCUGUGUGGCCCGAGCCCCCUUGCGCCCGCUCCUCUCGGGGGGCCCAGUGGUCCGGCAGGCCAGUGGCAUGGCCCUGGCAGAGCAGGCUCAGCAGCUCUUCGAGAGCACUGUGGGUGCCGUGCUCCCAGGCCCCAUGCUGCACCGGGCACUGUCCUUGGAUCCCAGCGGCGGGCUGCUGAAGGUGCGGGAUCGGAGCUUUCAGCUGCGGCAAAACCUCCACCUGGUGGGCUUUGGCAAGGCUGUGCUGGGCAUGGCCGCUGCAGCUGAGGAGCUCCUGGGCCAGCAUCUCGUGCAGGGUGUGAUCAGCGUGCCCAAGGGGAUCCGAGCUGCCAUGGAGCGUGCUGGCAAGCAGGAGAUGCUGCUGAAGCCACACAGCCGUGUCCAGGUAUUCGAGGGUGCAGAAGACAACCUGCCAGACCGUGAUGCACUUCGGGCUGCACUGGCCAUCCGGCAGCUGGCUGAAGGUCUCACAGCUGACGAUCUGCUGCUUGUACUCAUCUCAGGUGGGGGCUCAGCCUUGCUGCCCGCGCCUAUCCCCCCCGUGACACUGGAGGAAAAGCAGACACUCACCAAGCUGCUGGCAGCCCGUGGGGCCAACAUCCAGGAACUGAACACCAUCCGGAAAGCGCUGUCUCAGCUCAAGGGUGGGGGGCUGGCGCAGGCCGCCUACCCUGCCCAGGUGGUGAGCCUGAUUCUGUCAGAUGUGGUGGGGGACCCGGUGGAGGUGAUUGCCAGCGGCCCCACGGUGGCCAGCGUCCACAACGUGCAAGAUUGCCUGCACAUCCUCAAUCGCUACGGCCUUCGUGCAGCCCUGCCACGUUCUGUGAAGACUGUGCUGGCUCGGGCUGACUCUGACCCUCACGGGCCACACACCUGUGGCCACGUGCUCAACGUGAUCAUCGGCUCUAACGCACUGGCACUGGCUGAGGCCCAGCGGCGGGCCGAGGCACUGGGGUACCGGGCCGUGGUGCUGAGCGCAGCCAUACGGGGCGGUGUGAAAAGCGUGGCCCGGUUCUACGGUCUGCUCGCCCAAGUGGCUGGAGCCCACCUCACCCCGCCUGGGACUGCAGCCUCCAUGGAGCAGGAGGAACAACUCCACGAGCUGGCAGCUGAGCUCCAGCUCCCAGACCUGCGGCUAAAGGAGGCUCUGGAGACCGUGGUGGGGGCUGGGGGCCCCGUCUGCCUACUGGCUGGUGGCGAGCCCACUGUGCAGUUGCAGGGCUCGGGAAAGGGUGGCCGGAACCAGGAACUGGCUCUGCGUGUUGGAGCAGAGCUGGGACGGUGGCCACCGGGGCCUGUAGAUGUGCUGUUUUUGAGUGGUGGCACCGAUGGGCAGGAUGGGCCCACGGAGGCAGCCGGGGCGUGGGUCGUGCCUGAGCUUGCCAGCCAGGCUGCCACUGAGGGCCUGGACGUGGCCUCCUUCCUAUCCCGCAAUGACUCACAUACCUUCUUCCGCUGCUUCCGCGGCGGGGUGCACCUGCUGCACACGGGGCUGACUGGCACCAACGUCAUGGAUGCCCACCUCCUGUUGCUGCGGCCGCGGUGAUGGUGUAGGUCAUGUUUUAGGAGUACAGAGGAGACCUACGGGGUAGUAGCCUGGGGCAGACCAGAGUUGGUCCCCAAGGCCUCAGCAGGCCUGAGGGCCCCUUCUCUCCUUGGUUCUGGCUGCCUGGGCGACCCUGACACCUCAUACCCAGGGCCUCUGCUCUGUGUUCGUUCCCCCAGCCAGACUGGCAGAUGGGGGCUCUCUCCUCUCCCCCCUUUCUGCCAUGACAGCAGCUAACCCUGAGGACUGGGAUGAGCCCCUUGGCCCGUUUGCUAUUCUUGGUCUUCCCCAACAGUGGGCAGCCCCUCUGCCAAGCUCUUGAGUGUCUUUUCUGUGGGGUGAAGCGAGGACUGCAAAUAAAAAGAACCACACUAUG